AUGGGUCGACAAGUGGGACAUCAACGGCUGGCCUGCGCUUUGAUUUUCAUGCUUUGCGUGAGGGAGGUCGCGGCAGCCCGAGACGCCUUCCAGGUGCAGCAGAUGGCAGCCUAUGUCGGCAGCACGUUGAGGGCCGGCGAUGCACACACAGAGUGGCGCUCGGCCGUGGCAGAGGCUGGGGAGUUUUCCAUAAAGACCAUGUGGUCUCUGGGGGAGGCGGACUCUUUACGCUGGGCGGAGGCAAACAUUACUUUCCGUUUCGCUGGCGGCUCGCAUCCAACGCAUGUGGAGGUAGCAGGACUGGACACAGUCUAUCGGAUCAUGCCGGACGCGGUUGUCGGUAACCAGGAGAUUGACGGAAUGGCAGUGAUGGCCAUCGCUGGGUGGCAAGCCUACGACAUCAGUGCAGGCAAGUGGGGGGCGAGUGAGUACUCCAAGAAGCGAGCUCUGUUCUUCCGCACAGAGAUGAAUCCCUCCGUCGGGCUGACGAAGAAAACUUGGUUAGGCUUGGGACACAUUGCCGGACUCCGGGUUUAUCAACGUGCAAAAACGAAGGAGACCGGUGAUGAGACGAUGUACUACAUCAAUGAACAUGGCAAGAUGAAGUCCAUUGACGUGGACGAUGUGACGCAGCAUCCUGCGGAACACGAGCAGCUCGGCCUUUAUAUGUCAGGCUCCGAGAAAGGUGUCUUCAAACGCCCCGACAAAGAAUUGAUGGCUAUGGUGGAUGGCAUGCUGGGAGAGACCUCAUGCUUGGGGAAGGCCAGCAAGUGUGCCUUUCGCUGCUUCUAUGACUCCGAGAAGGAUGUCUGCGGGCCGGUGGCCUUCUGCGAGAAGACGCGGGCUGACUCAGCUGAAGAUGUGCUGGCGCCCUUUGGGGGACAACAGAAGUGUCGGGCUGUCGGAGGUGACACCCACGAAGAAGCAGACAGGGUCCUGGCUGUGGAGGGCUUGGGGAAAUUGAAGGAGAUGGCCAUAAACGUAACUGAACGCUUAAGUGAAAGUGAAGCCGUCUCGUGGUCAAGUUCCGGCCGGAGCUCCCUCAAAGCCUCGGUCGCCUUGUGGUUGGAGGCUGCGGAUCUUCUCAACGUCCUCGAGACGCUGCCAUUGCGACUGGGCGAGAACUCCGGGGGGUUUAAGCUCGCCGCCCGGCGUGCAGCAGACACAGACCUGAAGCAUUGGCGUCGCCGCCCAGAUCCGCUUACCAUUGACGAAUAUGAGGCUGCGGCGAAGGCUUCACUGUCCUUCGUCGCUGCUUCACGGGGGUACUCCGUGGCGGCGAAAUUGCACAGCGAGCUGGUUUCCUUCGUUGUUAAGCGGCCUUCGCUGCUGAUGCACUACACGAAGAGCGAGUCCGACGACAAGUGCAUACUUUCGGACAAGACCGCAUCGGAUCGAGCGCAGGUCACCACCUUCGUGAACUACUUCAUGAAAGUGCCCGGCUACAACGCGGAUGAUCUUCAGUCCGUGCGCCUGGACCUGCCAGAGCACUGCCAAGACUUCCUCGCAGGCAUGGACAAGCUCGAUGUGGAGAGAAACGCCCAGGAUGCUUCGGAAGGAGAGAAGCUGCUGUCCCCCGGAGCGAGUUUCGGGGAACUGCGAUCCGAGCGGCUCUCCAGCGCCAUCCGCCCUUUUUCCGUGGAAGCGGGAAGCUCCGCCUUCCAGAGCUCCGCGGAGCACUUCGACUUCGCCGGCACUGAGGCCGAGGCCCAGCAAAAGUUCGUGAUCAUCGCCUCGAUCAUUGUCGGCCUGGUAUGUCUCGUGGUCGCUGGAACUUUCGCGAUUGCCGGGUUGGCCAACUGGAACCGCUGCCUGAGCAAGACAAAUUCUCCGGGUGGCGAGCACUGCCUUGCCGCUCUCGUUUGUACCGCCCUGGGACUUCUAGUGAUAUGCGGAGCCUUCGCGAUGUCACUGGUAGUCGGCGUAGCGGUGCUGGCCGGCACGCUGUUCUUGCUGCAUGCUGUGCGGCAUUACUUCUUGCAGACUGGGCAGCGUGAGAUCCAAAAGCCCGUCCUGGCACACCGCGGACAUGCAGCAAGCCUAACUGGCAUGCGCCCGUGA